AUGUGGAAGGAACGAUCCUGGCGCCUCCCUUGGUCAAGGCACAACAGCGCCUCAGGCUUCAAUAUUCCAGAUGAGCCCUUCCCAGACGGCGUGGAAAUUCUGCACGACUGCCACGACGCCAACGUCGACAUUUGCUUUGUGCAUGGUUUAAGUGGCAAUCGAAUUGGAACCUGGACAGCCAAAGGACACACCGCACCAUGGCCGGAGACGCUGCUGCCAUUGAAACUCCAAAAGGCUCGUAUACUUACGUACGGGUAUGAUGCAUACAUUGCGCAGAAAUCAGUCGCAUCGACAAACGGCCUAAGCGACCAUGCUAAGAAUCUCUUGACCGACCUAACGGCCAACAGGGCUGAGUCCAAUGCAACUUCUCGGCCGCUCAUCUUUGUUGCCCAUAGUCUCGGCGGACUCGUCUGCAAGGAGGCUGUUCUGCUCUCCCGUAACAACCCUGAACCCCAUCUACAGAGCAUUUUCGAUUGCAUCAAGGGAAUAAUAUUCAUGGGCACGCCACACCAGGGGUCUUGGAUGGCUCGCUGGGGAAAGAUACCCGCUUCAGCGCUUGGGGUUGUAAAGUCUACAAACAUAUCCUUAUUAAAGACUCUACAAACCGACGACAACUACCUCCAAUCAGUUCAAGAUCGGUUUCUGUCCAUGAUACGAGAACAGCAGAGAGCUGGCCGUGAAUUUGACAUCACAUGCUUCUUUGAAGAGCUCCCCUUGACUGGCUUCAGGCAAGUCGUCUCUAAAAAAUCAGCAACUCUUGGGGGCUAUAACCCCAUUAGCGUUCACGGCAAUCACAGCAACAUGGUUAAGUUUGGCUCUCAAGACGACAACGGCUUCAAAAGGGUGUAUGGCGAAUUGCAGAGAUGGGAGUUGGAGAUAGUACAAUCGGCCAUCCGUGAACCAUCAGCGUCAGUGAAAGGCGCCGAGGUCGAAUCACCAGCCGGCUCAUCUUUCAACAACUAUGGCUCUGGCGACAUGCUCAACGCCCCUGGAGGAAGCGUGACCAAGAACAAUUUCGAUGGGGCUUCUUUCCGUGAAUCUGUGACUUUCGGCUGCGGUUCGACCUGA